UCGUGAUUAGAAAAAUCACUCUCUUGUUCGUGGUUUGAGCAUACUAUAUAUAUUACUAGCAUGCGGCGCUUGCUCAGUGCUCACAGCUCACGUCUUGAAGGAGCGAAAUUACCCGCUGCCGGCGUCAUCGUUGCAUCCAAAGCGUCGAGCUAGAUUCCACGCCUAGGCAGACCGCAGACGCCAGCCUUCCCCCGUGUGCGUCACCGCGUCUUGUGCGGAUCGGCAGCCAGACGCGGGCGCCCGCAGCAGCUCGCCUCGGCCAUGGACGUGGAAGCGCGCAAGGACGCGGCGCCGCCGGCGCCGGCGCGCGGCAAGGCGAUGCACCGCCUCCUGGUGGCGCUCAACAUCGGGAUGCUCGCGCUGGGCGCCGUAGGCGGGCCGCUCCUCAGCCGCCUCUACUUCAGCAAGGGCGGCCACCGGCAGUGGCUCUCCGCGUGGCUGGAGACCGGCGGCUGGCCGCUGCUGCUGCUCCCCGUGGCGGCGUCCUACGCCUUGCGCCGCGCGCGCGACCGGGGCGCCCCGGCCCUGCUCGCCCCGCCGCGCAUACUGCUGGCCGCCGCGGGCCUCGGCGUGGCCACGGGCGCGGACGACUUCAUCUACGCCUACGGGCUCGCGUACCUGCCCGUGUCCACCUCCGCGAUCCUCAUCGCGACGCAGCUCGCGUUCACGGUGCUCUUCGCGUUCCUCGUGGUGCGCCAGCGGCUGAGCGCCGCGUCCGUGAACGCCGUGGCCCUCCUCACCGUGGGCGCCGUCGUGCUCGGCCUGCACGUCUCCGGCGACCGGCCCGCGGGGGUCACCAGGGGCCAGUACUGGCUGGGCUUCGCCCUCACGCUCGGCGCCGCCGCGCUCUACGGGCUGGUCCUGCCGCUGGUCGAGCUCGCGUACAGGCGCGCCGCCGGCGGCGGCCGCGCCGUGACGUACGCGCUGGUGAUUGAGAUGCAGCUGGUGAUGGGCUUCUUCGCCACGGCCUUCUGCACCGUGGGCAUGAUCGUGAACAAGGAUUUCCAGGCGAUCCCGAGGGAGGCGAAGCACUUCGAGCUGGGGGAGGCCCGGUACUACACGGUGCUGGCGUGGUCGGCGGUGCUGUGGCAGUUCUUCUUCCUGGGCGCCGUCGGGGUCAUCUUCUGCGUGCACACGCUGCUGGCGGGCAUCCUCAUCGCCGUGUUCAUCCCAGUCACGGAGGUGGCCGCCGUCAUCUUCCUGCACGAGAAGUUCAGCAGCGAGAAGGGGGUGGCGCUGGUGCUCUCGCUCUGGGGCCUCGCGUCCUACUCCUACGGUGAGUGGAGCGAGGCCAGGGCCAAGAAGAAGACGGCCGAGGCCGCCGCGGAGGCCCAGGGCCCGUGAGAGUCGCGUGCUUUGCGACUGUGGACGACGGUGAUGCGAGAGGCUCUGUUGAUCUCUUCCAGUUGUACUCCCUGUGUGUGUUGUGUGGUUUGUGGCCGUGUCGAUGGAUGGAGUCGCGUGAGUCGUCGCCACCUGCAACUGUGGGAUGGUCUGCAUUUCUCAGUCCAGUUGAGUUGGGUGAUGCAUGGGUAAAUGGUAGUACUUUGCUGCAUGGUGCAUGGAGGUGCCAUAGUAGUACCGUACCGUACACGAAAGUAUGAAACUGCUCUCGCGACGAUUAUAUUUGAAGUCGUAGCAAAGCGAUUACCGCACUUUGUAACCCGAUCCCGGGUAUUAUAUUGUCUGAAAAAAUAUAAUUUUUUUUUUGUCUC